CUGGAAAGGUCAGGCCCAUGGAGCACCCUGUUCCUUGGCUGAAGCUGAAUUUGUGGGCAUUUGGGGGGAGGCAAGGCCCCCUGAAAGCUGAGAAGGAAAAGCCAAAGAUUAGUCUCGCGAUACCUUGUGGGAAAGAAAUCCAGAGGACGAAGGGAAAGGAGAAAUGACCAGUUCUCAGGGACAGCUGACCUUCAAGGAUGUGGCCAUAGAACUCUCUCAGGAGGAGUGGGGAUGCCUGACCCACACUCAGCGGCAACUGUACAGGGAUGUGAUGUUGGAGAACUACGGACACCUCUGCUUCUUGGGUCUCAAUGUGUCAAAGCCAGACCUGAUCACUUUUUUGGAGCAAGAGAAGCAGCUCUGGGAUAUGAAGAGAAAGGAAACCAAAGGCUUCCAUCCAGGGAUUCUCCUUCAGCUCCAGUGAUGGUCUGCCACAUCCACAGGAAGGGCCAGGAGACUCUCCUUGGAGGGGGAAGGCCCCCCCCCCCCCAGUCUGAGAGCUUCUCCAUUGCUUUGAGGGCCCUGGGGAAAGCAUCAUGUUUCUGAGGACCCGUAUGGUAUGGCCUUUGUCAGUUCUGGCUUUCAUCAUGAGACAAGUAGGUCAGGGUAAUUGUAUACACACUGGGUUUUGGUGCAGAAAUUCCAAGAAUACUGGAGACAGAUUUCUAAUGUUUUCUGGCUUAUGCUUUCUAAUGUUAUGAAGGCUUUAAUCUUAUUCUUAUAAAACUGACAUUUUGUAACUGCAUCAGAUAACAAGCCACCUCCCUAAAAUGAGACAAUGUGCAGUUCUAUUUCCCCUCUCUGUGUUCAUUCCUCAGUGGUGAAAUAAUGCAAUGUCUCUGUUUCCUAGCUGCCUCACAUAAAGAAUGUUAUUGGGGAACUAGCACAUUUAGAACUCAGUACUUGGAACCUUUAAGAAAGUCUCACUUACUAUGUAAGUCAAAAAAGGAUAAACUUUAUGCUUUUUGCCAAUAAAAUUAUGUGUAUUUGA